AUGCGAAGUUCAGGCGCAGAAACUGCUUGUUAUACUCUCGUGUCAUUAACCAGUGAGAGUAAGUUAUACACGGAACAGAAGUUGCGUGAAGACCUUCAAAGCGAAAAUGUUUCUGUCAAACGAGAAGCUCUUAAGGAGCUUAUUCGAAACUCAAUCAAUGGCGAAAAAUACCGCGACCUGCUCAUGAUUGUUAUUCGUUUUGUGAUGCCUUCACAGGACCACACAAUAAAAAAACUCCUCCAUCUAUUCUGGGAGGUAGCACCCAAGUACUCUGCUGACGGCAAAUUGCUUCAUGAGAUGAUCCUUGUUUGUGAUGCCUACCGUCGUGACCUUCAACAUCCUAACGAGUACAUACGGGGAUGUACGCUUCGCUUCUUAUGCAAGUUAAAGGAACCAGAGCUACUUGAACCUCUCAUGCCGUCUAUUCUUCUCUGUCUAGAGCACCGUCAUGCGUACGUCCGACGUAAUGCUGUCUUGGCUAUUUUCACAAUCUACAAAAAUUUUGAGCAUCUUAUUCCCGACGCCCCGGAACGGAUGCUGAAUUUCCUAGAACAGGAACAGGAUCCCUCGUGCAAGCGUAAUGCUUUCCUCAUGCUUUUACAUGUCAGCCAGGACACAGCCGUGCAGUAUCUUUCGCGUUGUAUUGAUGCCGUGGACACAUUCAGUGAAACUAUGCAGUUGGUUGUUGUCGAGUUAAUACAUAAGGUGUUCCGCUCACACCCCUCUGAAAAAGUCAAGUUUAUUCGUUGCGUUUUCUCCCUUCUUAAUUCUACAAGCUCCUCUGUACGCUAUGAGGCGGCUACAACAUUGAUUACGCUCAGUGGCGCCUCUCCAGCCAUUCGCGCAUCGGCUUCGUGUUAUAUUGAUCUCAUUCUGAAAGAGUCUGAUAAUAAUGCAAAGCUUGUUAUUCUCAACAGUCUUAUCGGGCUACGCGUUCAGCACGAAAAGAUUCUUCAGGAACUUGUCAUGGACGUUGUUCGGAUCCUAAACGCGUCAGACGUGGAGUUGAGGCAAAAGGCCCUUGAACUGAUUUUCGAUCUCGUUACCACGCGAACGGUUGAUGAUUUAAUAGGCUUCUUGCGAAAGGAACUGAUUAAAACAUGUGCAUCUACGCCCUCUACUACCACUACUACCCCCUCUGGUGAAAACAGCAGCGAUUCUACGAAUAAGAUCUCUAGCGAUGAAGAUACCUACAGGCAUGCACUGGUUCGGACACUCCGAGCCAUUUGCCUGAAGUUUCCAAAUUCUUUACCUGCUAUCCUUCCGACUCUAUGCGACACUCUAACAUACACCGAACUUCAGGAUUCAAAAGCAGCCGUCGAAAUCUGUCGUUUUUUGCGGGACGAUGUCUAUCGCCACCCACAUCACAAGGCGCUCAUCUUGGAAAAAAUUUUGCAAGUUCUUCCCUCUGUUGCCGGUUUCGAAGUUUUAGGGCACCUGCUUUGGAUCUGUUGCGAAUUUUGCUCGAUUAAGACUGAUAUUCUCGAAUUUAUGCAGGUUUGUCUUGGUCCACUUCCAUUGGUUCAAAAGGAGGUGGCUAGAGUUGCCGCUGAGUUCGGCCCUACGUCCGAAGAAAACGGUGACACUGGUGAAAAGUGCGACUCGGCCACCCCUGCUGAAGCUCCUAUAAAAAAAGUAACAGCUGAUGGUGCCUAUGCUACCCAGUCUGCCCUCACCAUCGGAUCCGGUGCUUCCUCAGCUGAUAACUUCAAACGCCCUGUUAUUCAGGCCGCUCUCUUCACCAACCACUUUUUUGUCGGUGCUGUACUCUCAGCCGGUUUGGUCAAGCUCUACAGUCGCUACAUUAGUCUUGUCGAUAGUUCCGAGUCGGGUGUUGAAGCGAAGAACAAGUUUUCCGCCGAGUGCAUGCUAAUUAUCUCAAGCAUUAUCCAUCUGGCUCGUAGUGGGCUCGUUACUCGUCAUGUCAACCCCGAUAUUAUCGACCACAUGUGGACUUGCUUGGUGGCCCUCUCAGACAGUCGUACGAACGUGGCGAGCGCUUUUGAGAAGCUUGGUCGUGGUGUUCUCGGCGAGAUGUUGGAAAUCCAAGAAGCAGAGGCCAAAGCAGAAAUGAAGAAGCGCCUUGCCAUCGUCAACAACGAGCUUUCCGCAUCUUCGGUGACGAAGGUCAACAAAGUAGAUACCCCUGUCAACUUCAGUAUGCUUGUACCCCCUGGCGAAGAUCAGAGUGAACAGGUCGACCAGUUUACUCUGACUCUUAGUCAAGCCCUCACAGGUACUGCUAAGACUGGUGACGCUUAUGCCACAUCAAAACUCAAAAAAGUCCAUCAACUGACCGGAUUCUCCGACCCAGUCUACGCCGAAGCUUUCGUCAGUGUAAAUCACUUCGACAUCGCCCUCGACGUGUUGCUCGUCAAUCAGACCAACGACACGCUGCAGAACCUCACCUUGGAGCUCUCUACUCUAGGCGACCACAAACUGGUUGAAAAGCCCCGUGCUAUUACCCUGGCUGCACAGGACUUCGCCAACAUCUGUGCCAAUAUCAAGUCUCGUCAUGGGGUUCUGCGCUCUUAA